UCUAAUCUGUGCUCAUGGUCUGCCGGUAGUGACAGGACUUCCUCAGACUUUUUUUCCCCCCUGGUUGGAUUAUAUGUGUUUUUAGAGUAUCUGAAUGGCUCAGUGUGAGGCGCAAAAGAUUCCCAACCCUGGGAAAGUGUGUCCUGGAAAAGAGUGAGGAGCGGAGGAGGGAAGCCAGCUGUACUUUUUCUCCUCAUCUUUCCCCGGAGUGCCGGCGUUUUUUUCUGUGGGAGAAUGGGGGCAGGAGCUAUGACCAUCUGUCACAACAAGGCUGCGGUGCAGGUUAAAGAGGACAUGAAGAAGAUGGUCCAGAUGCCCAUCCCGAGACCCAGGAUAGUCGCACCCAAGCACACCAAGGUGUUUGGAGCGUCUCUGUUUGAGCUGCGAAACCAGGGGCUGCUGGAGGAUGGAGUGCCUCUGGUGGUGCGGAGGAUGGUGGAGCAUCUCCGCAAGCAUGCACUGCAUCAGGAAGGUCUGUUCAGGGUAAAUGGAAACGUCCGUGCUGUGGAGACCCUGAAGCAGCAUUUGGAGGGUGGUGGUGAUGUGAACCUGCUCUCUGAAUCUGAUUCGUGUACUGUUGCCAGCUUGCUCAAACAGUACCUGAGAGAUCUCCCCGGGGGUCUGGUAGUCGUGACAGUCCAGCAGGCACUAAUACAGCACUAUCAAGAGCGUGGUGGUGAUGAUGACACCUGGGCAGAUGUGAGACAACUUCUCCUGCAGCUUCCAGAUGUCCACUACAGUCUCCUGCACUACCUCUGCCACUUCCUCACCCUUGUGGAGAGCAGCCACAAGGACAACCGCAUGACUGCCCUCAACCUCGCCACUGUGUUUGGACCCAGCGUGUUCCACGUGGCUCCUGGAUUUGAAGCACUUAAGGACCAGAACAUCUGUAACAAGAUCAUGGCCAAACUUAUCCAGAACUACAACAAUAUUUUUGAGACCAACACAGACAGAGAAGACUACGCAAAAGAAGAGGCAUCGCCUAUCAUUGCCGAGGAGACUCAAGUGGCAGAUGCAGACACAAAGAAUUCAUCCAGCCAUCUCGAUGCAAAGACAACAACCCCACUUACGAGGAUGAAAGUAAAGCCUAUUGGCCACCUAAACCAAACAGGAAAUGCAGAACUACCGAAGAAAUCCUGCACCAACGCUCCAAAUGCAAAAACAAGAAAAAAGAAGGUGAGGAAAGGGAAAAGUGACGGCAUGACUCAACUGGUCCCCCAACCCAGCCUCUCUUCCAGGGCGCCCUACCACGCAAGACCUUUCUCCAUACCGAUAGUUUUGCCCCUGACCUCAGAGCUAAGGACCCCCAGCGCAGAAGCAAUGGAAACUACACCCACGUCUCACCAAGCCACCUCGGACACUGCCUCCCAUGUCGACCCUCAAGACGUCAGCCUCUCUGAAAGCAUGAAGGGCCUCAGCAGCUCCCAAGAUGAAGACAGACCAGUAUCUCCUUUCUACAUGAGUAACCACCUCUCCCCCGUCCACUGCAGACCUGAUGUGGUAAAUUUUCUGGACAGGACCAUACGCUCAGCAGUGGAGCAGCACCUCUUUGAUGUGAACCCCUUAGAGGAUCAACAUUCAGACACCCACGAAUCGACCCCGUGCCCUUCAAGGGUGACACUAACAGCGAGACAGAGACGUAGGCACCAAAGAGAGCAGCAGCAUCAGGAGGAGGGCCAGAAGCACAGGGAAAAAAACAGAGCGCCUUCCGUCACAGGAGACACCAACAAGGAGAACGUCCCGUCGAGCAGCGGUAGCAGUUCAGGCAGCGUGGGGGAAGACAUGAGCAGCCGUGUGGACUCACAGGAAGGCCAGAGAAGUCACGCUGAGCGAACCCCCAAACCCAGGAAGCCAAAAAAGAGCCCAACUCUCAUGCAGCUAAGCGAGAACACGGCUGCCCACGCAACGUUGAAGACGAUGAAGAUCCAGGAGUCGCCGGUCACUUGUGACGCGGGUAGGGUUGGCGGAGAGGUGCGCGGCCCGGACUCAGACUGCGAGAAGACAAGCUGUGAGGACGUGCCCCGGUUGGACCUGACAGCACUGACUGAGGACAACAACUGGGGAGAUUCUCCGUUUUGUAACUCCCCUUUCCUUGAUUUCAAAAGCAUUUUCCAUCCAAGUUGUUGCGAUGAACCAACCCCGGCGUACUCGCUGCAGAGGGAGAGCAUGGACCGUGAGGAGGCCAGGCUGUCCCCUCACUGUGGGGGGCGUCUGAUCCGCCAGCUCCUGGAGGAGUCCAGCGACCCGAUGGUCUCCCCUCGGUUUUACGCCUACGGACACUCCCAGCAGUACCUGGAUGACACGGAAGUGCCUCCAUCGCCACCUAACGCUCACUCGUUCAUCAGUCGCAGGCGGAGUUCAUCGCUUGGCUCCUGUGAUGAUGAAAGAGAGGAGCUGACCUCCGCCCAGCUCACAAAGAGGAUUCAUGUACUGAAGAAAAAGAUCCACAGGUUUGAGGAGAAGUAUGAAGAGGAGCGAAAAUACAGGCCCUCCCACAGUGACAAAGCUGCAAACCCAGAAGUGCUGCGGUGGAUGAAUGAACUGGCUAGGCUUCGCAAAGAUCUAAAAGGUAACACACACACACAUGCGCACACACAUUCUGACAGCAAAUUUGAUCUAGUUUUAGUCAUGAUUCAGGCAUCUAACUUGCUUCUGAUUGGAUCACUUCCAAACUUGUCCCGCCUUUCUACACAACUUACUGAAAAGCUCUGGUUCCCGUCUUCUUCACCAGAACACAAGCUGAUGAAGUCUGAGGAGGACCUGACGCCUCAGCCCCGCCAGCGCAGCAACACGCUGCCCAAAAGCUUCGGCUCGCAGCUGGAGAAGAAACCUCAGCAGGAGAAGGUGUCGAAGCCGCCGGUGGAAAGCACCCUGGAAGGAAUUCAGAAGAAGCUGCAGGAGAAGAGGGACGAGGUGAACCGCCCCGAGGACAUCAAGGAUAUGACACGGGAGCAGAUCGCCGCAGAGAAAGUCGCCCUGCAGAAAGCUCUUCUCUACUACGAGAGUAUCCACGGCCGACCGAUGACCAAGAGCGAGAGGCAAAUCAUGAAGCCGCUGUACGACAGAUAUCGCCUGGUGAAGCAGAUCUUGUGUAGAGCCUCCACCAUUCCCGUCAUAGGCUCUCCCUCCAGCAAGCGCAGAGGUCCCCUCCUACAGCCCAUUAUCGAGGGUGAAACCGCACUCUUCUUCGAUGAUAUCAAGGAGGAAGAGGACGGCUCGGAGGACGACGGAGACUCCAAGACCCAGUUCACCGUGACCGUGCGACCCGACAUCGGCGUGUUCAGCUUCCUGGAGCACGCAGACGAGGAAGUGGAUGGUUUCAUUUCACCCGUGGACGAACUUUCCCCGUCCAAGAACACGAUGGACACGAGGCUGUCCAACCUGCACUCAGCUACUAUGCAGGAACUUGUAGAGCAGCUCCAAGAGACGAGAGAGGAGAAGAAGAGGAUUCGCAAGAACUUGAAAGAGUUUGAGGACCAGUUUUUUAGACAAAAUGGAAGGAACGUGCAGAAGGAGGACCGCUCCCCACUGGCUGUGGAGUACAACGAAUACAAGCACGUCAAAGCCAAACUGCGGCUGCUCGAAGUGCUCAUCAGCAAAAGAGACUCAACUAAAUUCAUCUGAAUAAAACAAAGACUCAAUAAGAGGACUGGUGCUGUGUCUCCAGUGUCACAGUCAACACAUCUCACCUUGCUAGAAACAAUCAUGUUUUCCUCGCUGUUGGAUGCUGUUGACGCGCUCCGUCGAGCUCGGCAGGGUUUCCCUCCAUCAAACCUGCUGCGUCUGGAAAAACGUUGUUGUCGCCGGGCCUCACCUCGAGGAGGGGACGUCACUCCAGACGAAGCAACAUACGCACAAACUAAACUGAAUCACACUUGUAUUGCUGAUAAUUUAUUUUGAAUGUUUGUCUCAUGCACAGCUGUAGAAGUCUUAAAAAAACCAAAAAAACCAAAACACUUGAUAAUUUGGUCAUUAGCUAUAAAGUUGUCGCUGCUUUUUAAGGAUCGUGUGUAUUUUUCUAAAGGAGAUGUUACUCGAUCAUGCUGACAGUACCGAAGUUUCACUUGUGACCACAGCAUUAAAUCCUCUUCCAUUGCUUCUGUAGAAGUUUUAUCGUUUGAAAGAAGUGGUUUCCUCUUUCACUGCAGCCCAAAGACAGCAGCUCAGAGCGCACACAGUGAGCCAAAAUCUUUCAUCUCCUUCUGGAAAUCACCCAGUUUCAAGAUGACCACUGACACUUGCUGCGUUUUUGUACGCCUUAACCUGCUUUCCCCUCAUUUACUUGAUGUUAAAUAAGCUAUCGUCCCCUUUAAAUCACUGCUGUGUUUGCUCACACCGAUUAACACUGACAAGGCCAGUUCUGAGGCGAGCGCGGGCGUGGUCGACGAAGCCUCGUCCUCUGGUCCUCGAUGUAGUUUGUUUGUUUGUAAAUAUGGAUCAUCGUAUAUGUUUACAUUUCUGUGAGCGAGUACUUUAUCCCUUUUUUUUCUCUCCAAUUUUCUGGAUGGUAAUCAGUGUGAAUUUUGUUUUCACUGAAUGUAAACACUGGCCGGGCUUAAUGAACUGAGUGUGUACAUUUUAGUACAUAAAUUGUAUUUUGUAUAUAAUGUGAAUGAAAUCAUAUUUUUACUGAA